AUGUUGUUCAAACAACUUGCACUGCUUUCCUCAUUUGCGCUUGGCUCUGCCAUUCCCAGUCCCCUCGAGAAACGCGCUCCAUAUCAGACACGAAUCUUGGACACUGGAACUACCUUUGCCCAGGAAAACAAUGGAUGGUGGCAAUUAAUUGACGCCACCGGUGACGGUAAACCAGACUUGGCCUACGUCAAGAAUAAGAACACAGGGUCUGGAUAUGUCGAAGUUCACAUCGCUUCUUCAUCUUCCAAAUUCCAGACUCGAAUUCUCGACGUUCCUACCACCUUUGUCCAGGAAGACAAUGGAACAUGGCGUCUUUUCAAAUCAUUCAACUCUGCUCUCCCUGAUUUAGUGUAUAUCAAGACGCAAAAUACCCCCUCAGGAAACGUAGAAGUUCACAUUGCUAGCGGAGCAUCAACAUACAAGACCCGUACUGUUGAAGUUGUUACUACAUUCGGAAAUGAGCAAGAUGGACAAUGGAAUGUUUAUGAUUAUGAUGGUGAUGGAAAGCCAGACUUGGUUUUCAUCAAAACUAGCAAUACCGGAACAGGAACAAACGAAGUUUUUGUUGCAUCUGGUGCUUCCAAUUACCAAACUAGACUCAUCAGCACUGGUACUACCUUCACGGUCGAAAAUAACGGAUUCUGGCAGCUUGGGCCCUACAGUGCUAAUGGGGAUUUGAUCUAUGUCAAGGAUGUCAACACCGGCACCGGAACUACCGAGGUUCACAUUGCAUCAAGGGCUUCGGGUUACAAGACUCGACUUUUGGAUGUCGGUUCUACUUUCACACAGGAACAAAACGGAUUUUGGCAGUUGAUUGAUUUCAACGCUGAUGGAAAGCUUGAUCUUACUUAUAUCAAGUAUCAAAACACUGGAACUGGAACUGUCGAGCAGUUCAAUCUUCCAAGUUAUUAUAGGGCAAAUGACCUCAAGCUAAAGCUCAAAACGGAACUAGGCUUUGAAGUGACUGGGGAGCACUGUACAGUGCACACGGGGUAUGCGGCCCCGAAGGCUGGUAUGGAUCUUGUCAUGCCGAGCUCUGAGCUCUGGGGAACGAGGGGUGGAAGUUUUACAGCAGCCGUCGCCAAUGCAUCACUUGAUGAAUCGCAACUGAAUUACAAAGUUGGAAGCGGUACAAAUACACCACCAUAUACUUCUGCUCCAUUUGAUGUUUUUCAUAUUCCCCCCGACCCUGCCGUUAAUCCAAAUCUGAAUGCGUCAAUGCCGCCUCAAUGUGGUCUAGCAGUUGUCAAGCUACAGAAGUUGCCAUAUACAGUCGCAAAGGACGAGUUGGACUACAUUGGGUAUAACAACUCAGCUCCAGAGGAUAUAUAUGCCAAUUUUUCGCAGAGCAACUUCUCAGAGGGUGUCUACAUCGACUAUCAAGAUUUCGAUCCAAGGAGUAUUACUCCAAGCUCUCUCCACUUGGAGUACUCGAGUAUUCAGGGCCUUGAGACUGAAAAUAGGGAAUAUAGCGAUCAGUUUCAAAGACUUGAUAGGCUCAACCAUCACUAA